CUGUAGUUCCCAGGCUGUAGCUGUGCUACUAUGAACUUAAACUCGACUAACGGCUCGGCCCCCGACUUGGAGGUACCUACUGAGCCCGACGGAUCCUUCGUGCUGCGAUACUUCAUCUACGCCAUAAUUGUUUUCGUCUCUCUUGUCGGUAAUUUAUCCGUGUGUUAUGUGACUUAUAAAGAGAAUCGAAUGCGCUCGUUUGCGUACGUACUGAUAGGUAAUCUGGCGGCAUCUGAUGUCCUGGCCACUCUAUGUUUACCAUUUAUUCUUGUUUAUUUAUAUAACGGCAAAUGGACAUUUGGCACGGCCAUGUGUAAACUGUUGAACCCGACCGUAACGGUGUUUGCUAUUGUGACGACGAAUACAUUAGUGGCGAUCGCUUGCGACCGCUAUCGUGCGGUUGUCUUCCCGUUCAAAGUGCGUCCAUCUACCUCAGAGACUAGAAUGAUCAUAGGGCUCAUCUGGUUGAUGGCUUUGCUGUUCACCCUGCCUUCAUACGGCUCGCGGAUGGUCACGCCUCACGGGUUAUGCAUAGAGGUAUUCACCACAGAGCCCACGUUGCAGACCUCGCUAAGGCGCUCCUACUCGAUCUUUAUGUUCCUCGUCAAUAACCUGAUCCCUUUGCUGGUCAUACUGGGUCUCCACACCAAGAUUACCCUUACGCUCAAGAACAUCUCGCUACUUCCGCAGUCGUUUCAACUGACGCGUACCUCGUCUCUUGCCGGCCGAGACGUACCGUCAAGGAGCUCGCGGGACUCAGUCAUGCUCAAAAACGCCAACGCGGCGGGCGCGCAAAAACGUCAACAAAUGGAGCGCAAGUUUAUCCGCAUGUUACUAGUUGUGGUGAUCCUAUUUGUAAUAUGUUACAUGCCAUAUCAGGUGAUAUUUCUAAUCGUUGAAUACAAACCUUCGGUCUUUGACAAUUCGCCUGAAGUGAUGUACUACUUGUUUUCCUACUCGCAUCUUAUGGUUUGGCUGCCGUGCGCGCUUAACCCGGUUAUAUACGCGGCAUUGAACGAGCGAUAUGCGCGGUCAUUCACGCGCCUCUUCUGCCGCACGUUUAAGAAUCUAAAAAGUUUCAACGCCCACGCUGAGCCUUCCUACAACAAUGUGAAUCAGACUUCUGCCCUAACGUCCAGGAGAAAGUCUUCGUGCUCAUUACCGAAUGGACCUAAUAGGGUGAUUAAUGGUUCUUCUCGAAAACGAGGCGGGAACAACAACAGUUCCUUGGUCUAGACUUACAUAAACCACACGUAUUGUUUACGGGAGUAACGGAAGCCGGAUGGCAAGUAUAGCUAUGAAGGCAAGUAUAUAGAUGUGGAUGGCAAGUAUAGCUAUGGUAGGCAAGUAUAGCUAUGGAUGGCAAUUAUAGAUAUGGAAGGCAAGUAUAGAUAUGGAUGGCAAGUAUAACUAUGGAAGGCAAGUAUAGCUAUGGAUGGCAAGUAUAGCUAUGGAUGGCAAGUAUAGAUAUUGAAGGCAAGUAUAGAUAUGGAUGGCACGUAUAGAUAUUGAAGGCAAGUAUAGAUAUGGAAGGCAAGUAUAGAUAUGGAUGGCAAGUAUAGAUAUUGAAGGCAAGUAUAGCUAUGGAUGGCAAGUAUAGAUAUUAAAGGCAAGUAUAGCUAUGGAUGGCAAGUAUAGAUAUUGAAGGCAAGUAUAGCUAUGGAAGGAAAGUAUAGAUAUGGAAGGAAAGUAUAGCUAUAAGAGGCGAUAAUUUUAGCUAUGAAAGGCAAGCAUAGCUAUGGAAGAGCAUAAAGCAUUAUGAUAUUUUUACGAAAUUAACCAAAAAAGAUAGUCAAUUAUCGCUUUUCGGUAUCUCGGUCUUGUCGAAGGAUGUACUUCUUUCCGUAAUAGCGAGGUUUCCGUAAUAGCAAGGUCUCCAUAAUAGCGAGGUGUCCGUAAUAGCAAGGUGCCCAUAGUAGCGAGGUGUCCGUAAUAGCGAGGUAUCCGUAAUAGCGAGUUAUCCUUAAUAGCGAGGUGUCCGUAAUAGCGAGGUAUCCGUAAUAGCGAGGUGUCCGUAAAAGCGAGGUGUCCGUAAUAGCGAGGUAUUCGUAAUAGCGAGGUAUCUUUAAUAGCGAGGUGUCCGUAAUAGCGAGGUAUCCGUAAUAGCGAGGUGUCCGUAAUAGCGAGGUGUCCUUAAUAGCGAGGUGUCCGUAAUAUCGAGGUGUCCUUAAUAGCGAGGUAUCCUUAAUAGCGAGGUGUCCGUAAAGCAAGAGUAGACUGGUUAGUAUGCGGACCCAUCCCCGGGAACCAAGGGUGUCGAGUUCUAGCGCCUCGUUCGUUACGCUGACCGCGACGCCCUGGGUGCGAGCUGUCAGUGCUAGUGGUGCAUGAUCAAAUGCUUGUAAAUUUAUAACAAAUUGAAGCCACUUUCACUUCGUAUGUCAGACCAUCACGUGUUCCUGGUCUCGGCCUGCAUCAUGAUAACUUAGCCACACUUGGGUCUGUCAGACUCUCACGUGGUCUUCAAGAUUGUCACGUGGUCUCUCAGACUAUCCACAGCAAAAUAUAGAGAGUAUUAGACUCCACAUAUAACGUGUCUACAUUUAUUUAUCCGCGGGACUGACAGCGUUGACUCCCUGACAGAUGAAUUUUCCCAAGUGUAUAUAUGACAUAUUCCGAUCCCCUGUAUGUAAACAAAGGUCGAGGCGCGCGUAGUUCGUGACAAAUCUGCAUAUUUGGCGUAAAAAUACAUGUGACUAUAAAUCUUAUUGAGGUAUAUUAUCUAGAUUUGUAUUAAGUAUGUAAAUAUUUCCCGAAGUGUAUAUACAGACCAUGAAAAAAUAAAGUGUGAAAAGUAUACAGUAA